AUGAAGGGACGACAAAGAAACACAGACACCAAUCAUGAGGACACAACUGAGGACAUGGCAGCAGCUAUUACAAAUACGGACCCUCAUCCUGAUAUCCAUCCACCAGAUUCACCAUCUUCAUCAUCAUCUUCUUCAACCACUCUUCCUCCAUUAGCCAUGGCACCUUCUACAUCUGCCUCUGGUCUCCUGUCACUGGCCUCUCCAGCCACCAGGCGCUCCAUUUCCAUGGGGGACUUCCGGAGGGUAACAGGGGCACUGCUAACUGGUUCCGAGCCCCCAUCGACUUCGGCCACAGCCCCCUCCUCCAAGCUUGUCACCCCCAGCUCCAGCAUGGAGUUUGAGGCGGCUCGGCGGCGCCUCCUGGAGGUGGAAGAGCGCCAGCGUGUCAUCAGAGAGAUGGAGCGGCGGCUUGAGGAGCUUAGGGAGGUGUUUGUGCGCUCAGAACAGGAAGUGGUGGUCCAUGGGGAGCUGGUGUCGCGGAUAUCCAGUGCAGCCCAGCAGGGGGAGCUGUACGUGGCAGAAAACAGCCAACGGCUAAAGAAAGGCCUGCGGUUCAAGAAACAUCGACCCACCAUUGUUUUCUCCUCCAUGCUCGGGCUUCGCACAUGCCUCCCUUGGCCUGUGAAGCUCAAAUAG